AUUGCAUAAUCACAGAAAUAUGGCGCUGAACUCAUACUGUCGACAGAUCUCUGCACAGAUAUCUCGCAUGAAGCAUUGUGUGAGCGACUGUGCGAGAAAUGUAUCUGUGUCCAGUUUAUCUUUUGCAAGAAUCAAAGCGCUGCAGCAGCCGACUAGCUUGUUUAUGCCAUCGAGCCGCUUUCAAAGCAGCUGGCACAGAAGAAGGUCAUGGCACUGCGGCGUUAAUGCCCCAGGCGUCGGUGGGAACCGUCACACAAACGCAGCUGCAUUUAGCAAGUGGAGUUUCGCAGCAUGGGGUGCCAUUGCUUUUUCACUUUUUGGAAGCUCUGAUGAGAGGACUGAGGAACAAAAGCUUGAAGAUGAGCUUAUUCUGCUCCUGAAGAAAGCCAAGUACAGCAUGAUGAUUGGGGAACUGGACGCAGCCAAUGUUUUUUUACACAAAGCUGUUCGACUGGCACAUCAGAUGCACAAUAAUGAUGCCAUCAUAUACACAUACAGCCUGAUGGCGAAUCUUGCCUUUGUUCAAGGUCAGCUGGAUAAUGCUGAGAAACUUUUCAAAGCAGCCAUGAGUUUCAUGUUGUCUGGAGGAACGCCACAGGAUGACAAUGCAGUGAUUGAAAUGUCGCUGAAGCUGGCCAGCAUAUACGCAUCUCAAAACAAGAACGAGUUGGCGGAGCAUGGCUUCCAGUUCUGCACAGAGUCUUUAGAGACCAAGAUUGAGAAAGACAAGGACCUUCCACCAGAAAGCCUGUCAGAUGAGAAGCGUAAAGACACCAGGUUGCUGCUGGGUCUUAGUCUGGAUGCAAGGGCUCGUUAUUUGGCAGCUAAUCGUCGUUUCACAGGGGCCUGCAGGGAUUACCGGAAUGCCCUGCAGAUCUGUCUGGAGGAGCAAGGAGAGACCCACCCACAGACCCUGGUUCUUAUGAGUGACCUGGCGACUGUGUUGGACCUGCAAGGGAAGCAUGACGAGGCGCUGGCUCACUUGAAGAGGGCUGUUGAGCUUGGACGGGCAGCGGGUCAUCCUGAUCAGCAUGUGCUGUUAGGAAAUAUGGCAGGAAUUCUGAUGCACAAAGGAGAGUUUGAGGAGUCUGGUAAACUGUAUCAGGAAGCUUUGGCCCUGGCACAAGCAGCUGGAGAUGGAGAGGCCGUUGAGCAGCUUCAGGAGGGGCUGAAAGAGCUGGCCAACAGGAAAGAUGGGCAAACCAAGAGCAAUACUGAGGAACAGGAGCUUAAGAAAUGAUCCAAACACAAUGCCUGUAUAUAUAUACACACACACACACACACACACACACACACACACACACACACACACACACACACACACACACACACACCUCCAAGUUUGGAAGUAUUAUAUACUUCCAUAGAACUUAACGUUAGAACAGAUUGGUCAUGCAUGUGGAAGAAUGGCAUUCUUUGGACCUUACUAUUCACUGGUUGUCAUUUCACAUGUUUUCCACUCUAGUGUGCCCACAUACAACAGUACACAACAUACAAUGUCUGGUGCCCCUUUUAUGCCUUACCUGCCGUCAGACUUGUUUUGUAGUCUUGCUCUUAAAUUUACUUAUUUAUUUAAGUGGAUGUAAGUGGUUCCUCUGUAAAACAGAAUCAGGGAAGAUAAUGAGGACCGAUGACUGAGAAAUGUUCUGUACCUGAGGGCAGCUCAUCAUUGGUCUCUUGAUAUUUUGUGCAGUGGAACAUUUUCAUGUAAAAAUCGUACUUUAAACCAACCUGUUGCGUUAUGUGUUUGAUGUAAAAAGUGAUUUGAUAAACCUGUGAACGAAACAAUUUGUGUUGUGUUGAAUUGAAUUGGUCAAUAUACCAUAAAGAUUACCUAAAACAA